AUACAUGCUGUCUCUAUGUCCACAGAUGUUCAACGGAAACACAAGGAGACUCUGCAAGCACAGACUGAAACACUGAGUGUGAACACCAUCCUGAUGAACGAGAAGGUUAAGAAUUUCCUGCUGCUUGAUCGAUACACUCUCACCAUCAUCUCCACUGUUCGAGAUUGGACACUGGUUGAACAUGAGCUGCUGGCAAGAGGCCGGGACCAUGAGGAAUGGCAAAAGAAACAUCUCCGGGGAGAACUGGAAAAAAUCAGGAGUGAUCAAUUGUUCCAGAGGAGCUUUUCCCGGAGUAAAUCCCGAUCUGGGAGUUCAGCAUCAGUGUCCGAAGUCGCGGGGAGUUCAGCAUCAGUAUCCGGAGUUGCGGGGAUCGGAAAAACAACAAUGGUGCAGAAGAUUGUUCAUGACUGGGCCACAGGGAAAAUAUUCCAACAAUUCCAGUUUGUCUUCAGUUUCAAAUUCCGGGAUUUGAACAUGUUUAAACACAGAAUAAACCUGAGGGAACUGAUUCUGGAUCAGUAUCCUUACUUUGGGAAUAUGCUGCGGGAGGUCUGGAAGAACCCAGAGGGAUUGCUGUUUAUAUUUGACGGUCUGGAUGAAUUCAAGGGCAGAAUCGAUUUUGCUGACAGUCGGAGAGACACAGAACCUAAGCACCAGUGUCCAGAUCCCGAGUGGUGGUGUGAAGUGUCUGACAUUGUGUACAGUUUAAUCCAGCACAAGCUGCUCCCAGGGUGUUCAGUGCUAGUGACCACCCGCCCCACCGCGUUGCAUUUACUGGAAAAGGCAGAGAUCAGUGUCCAGGCUGAAAUCCUGGGAUUUGUUGGUGAGGAACGGAAGGAAUAUUUCACCAGGUAUUUUGAAAAUCAGUUAGUGGCAGCAGCUGUUUUCAAACAUGUGAAGGAGAAUGAGAUCCUGUACACCAUGAGCUACAACCCCUCCUACUGCUGGAUCCUCGGCCUGACAUUGGGCCCCUUCUUCACACAAACGCACCGGGACCCGCAGCGAGUUCCCAAGACCAUCACACAACUAUAUUGCUACUUUAUUUACAACAUCCUGAAAAACCACGGCCGUGAGAUUGAGAACCUCCGUGAGGUGUUACUGAGGGUUGGCCAGAUGGCCUUCACUGGAGUGGCUGAGAAGAACAUCGUGUUCACAGAUGGAGAUUUGAUCAAUUACAAUCUGCAGCCUUCCCAGUUCCUGAUGGAACUUUUGGAGAGAGAGGAUUCAGCCCGGAGCGUUGUGUACACCUUCCCGCACCUCACCAUCCAAGAGUUUGUAGCCGCACUCGCACAAUUCCUGACUGUAGAUCCCGGGGAUAUCACAACACUCCUCAUUGAAGCCCACGGCAUGACAGAUGGGCGAUUUGAAGUAUUUCUCCGUUUUGUCGCUGGUCUCUCCUCCCCACGGACAGCUUGGAUCCUGGAGGAGCUUCUGGGUAAAUUCCCUCAUCAAUCAAUCUGCCAAGUGAGUGACUGGGUGAAGGGGGAGGUUCAACGCCGGGCUGGAAACAAAGUGAGUGAAGCUGAUACACGGAGGCUCCUGAACAUGAUGCACUACCUGUUUGAGUCACAGAAUCCUGGACUGGCUCAGCAGACACUGGGAUCUGUGGAAACACUUUCAUUCAGUGGACUGGGACUGACCCCGAUUGACAUUGUGUUUGCACUCACUGGGUGUCUGACACUGAACAUUAAUAUGAUUAGUAUUUGUGUCACUGAUAAACACUGGGGAUUUGCACCGUCUCCUGUCUCUGUGUGUCCCUCACCCUCACUCUCUCUCAUCUCCAGGCUGGGCAGUGUUGGUCUCGCAGAUUCUGGAGUCGUGGAUCUCGCCUCCGCUCUCAGUACAAACCAUACGGUGAUGGGGCUGUACCUGAGUGGGAAUAAACUGAGAGAUUCUGGAGUGAAACUGGUGUCUGAAGCUCUGAGGAACCCGGACUGUAAAAUACAGACACUGCGGCUGAACAGUGUCGGUCUCACAGAUUCUGGAGCCGAGGAUCUCACCUCCGCCCUCAGUACAAAGCCCUCACUGACGUGGCUGUACCUGACAGACAACUCCCUCACAGACCGAUGUGUCCCCGCUCUCCGUGACCUCAUACUGACCCUCCCGAGACUGAUGUGGAUCUGGUGAGUGUUUGUGUUAAUGUUUAAUGUGAUCAAAUAUCAGGGGAUCCAUCCAUCCGCGGGCUUCUUUCUCCUGUGGAUUUGUUCUGUAAGUGUUGUUGCAAUAUUAACCCCAGUCCCUGUUAUUGACACUGUUGUUUCAUCUGUUUAUUUCCUCUUUAUUCCUCCACUUGUUUCAGGCUGUGGGAGAAUAUGUUCGGACCAACCGGGAAGAAGGAACUGAUGUCGCUGCAGGAACCCAGACCCGGACUGAGAGUGAUCGUGUGAACAUUUUGUGGUGUAAACGUCACCGCCCUGGGGACUGGAAUAUUGUUGGCCGAUUCCCCGCACUCCCUCCCCUUUAAAUGGCCGCCCACCCUCCCCUUUAAACCCCGACGCUUCCCGGGUGGUGACGUCAGAGGUGGCCCUGCCCGCUGUCACGUGACCCGGGUACUCAGCGCUGCUGAUGCUGAUGAUGAUGCCAGAUAUCCGGUGCUGCCUGCCUGCCUGCCAUCCAAACAUAGAAAAUAGGUGCAGGAGUAGAGGCCAUUCGGCCCUUCGAGCCUGCACCGCCAUUCAAUAUGAUCAUGGCUGAUCAUCCAACUCAGUAUCCUGUACCUGCCUUCUCUCCAUACCCCCUGAUCCCUUUAGCCACAAGGACCACAUCUAACUCCCUCUUAAAUAUAGCCAAUGAACUGUGUGGCCUCAACUACCUUCUGUGGCAGAGAAUUCCAGAGAUUCACCACUGUGUGUGAAAAAUGCUUUCCUCAUCUCGGCUCUAAAGGAUUUCCCCCUUAUCCUUAAACUGUGACCCCUUGUUCUGGACUUCCCCAACAUCGGGAACAAUCUUCCUGCAUCUAGCCUGUCCAACCCCUUAAGAUUCUAUAAGAUCCCCCCUCAAUCUUCUAAAUUCUAGCGAGUACAAGCCGAGUCUAUCCAGUUUUUCUUCAUAUGAAAGUCCUGACAUCCCAGGAAUCAGUCUGGUGAACCUUCUCUGUACUCCCUCUAUGGCAAGAAUGUCUUUCCUCAGAUUAGGAGACCAAAACUGUACGCAAUACUCCAGGUGUGGUCUCACCAAGACCCUGUACAAUUGCAGUAGAACCUCCCUGCUCCUAUACUCAAAUCAUUUUGCUAUGAACACUAUGUCAUAUUAUGUUUAUUGGUCAUUUGAGUAGCUGCUAGUUACUGUAACACCAUGCAGAUGAAUUGUGUGAGUGGACUUUAAUAAACAUGUAUUGUACCUUGA